AACUUUGGUCAUUUUCAGAUGAUGAUGACAAUGGUGCCACUAAUUGGCUGAAGCACAACACUGGUCCACAGGACAUUUUAGCUAAAAAAUGAAGCAACCAGCACACAAGAGGAAACAAUGGAUUAAGGAGGAUAAUCCUAAUACUGCAGCCAUAUUUCAGAAGUAUCCCAGGCUACUGGACACAGGCAUGGUGGAACAAGAUUUUGAGGUUACAUUGAAUGAGAAUCCUGAUGCUCUUUUUAAGUCAUGGCCCCGAACAGCUCAAGGCAUUGCAAGUUAUGUAGAAAAGACACACCUAGGAUACAAGGAUACUCUGAAUUUAGUUCAUUCAAAAGUAGAUGAAGAGGAAUUUGCAGGGUUCUCUCAAUGUAAGUUUUCAGCUUAUUGUACUCGUCAGCAAAAAAAAGGCCUGAUGGCCUCUGUUAUAAAAGGUUAGAUAAGUUACAUGAGAUGAUAUGCUUUCAUAUUAUAUACAAUUCUGAUCCUUUUCAUGCGUUUUAUUCAUUUCAAAAGGAAAUAUGAAAAGUGAAUCUGAUUAUUCUCAAAUGUUAUAUUAUCAAAUGUUUAGAAUCACUUGCAAAAUGCGUGUACUGACUGAAAUACUAUGAAUUGUAUAUAAAAUGAAAGCAUAUUAUCUCAUCUCAGAAAAAAAUAUGAAAUAAGUCACAACCAUUGAAGCGUUGCGAGUUAAGCUUCAAUGAACACAGAAAGGUGUGAAAUAUGGAAUUGAGUGCAAAUCAAAGGCUAUUCUUUCCUCUUUCAUAUGAUAUACAUAAUUCAUCAUAUUUUAUGAUAGCUAAGUUAGGGAUUUGGGGGUUCCAGAAUAGUUCAUCUCCUUAUUUUGCAUUGUUUUAUGUAGUGUACAAGUAAUAAUGAUGAUGAUAAAGAUAAUGGUAAAUGUAACAUUUAUAGAUCUUUGUAUAUUUCUCCAUCUCUCUCCCUCUUUCUUUCUAUCUCUCUCCCUCUCCCC